AUGCGUGGGAAUGGCUACAGACGACGCCGUUGUGCGUGGGUGGCCGACAGGCCGUGGUAUGAGAAAGCGCCCUUGUACUACUCGUAUGAGAGAAUGAUCCUGGAGUUGCCUGCAAUGACGGUGAGUUGGACGAGCGUCUGUCCGUGGCGUUUUGAGUCGUGCAUCAAAAGCGUCGCGUUCCGGUGUGCUUCGAGAAGCGAGAGGUUCGUCGCCCUGCAGUUAAUUGGAUGACCCAGGCGCCCUAUUGUUGGCGGGUGGCGUCGUUAAGAGG